AUGGACCCCCUGGAGCCAAUGGGGAGGGAGAACGACACCUCAGUGACCAAAUUCAUCCUCCUUGGUCUCUCCAGCAACCCAGCAGAGCAGCUCAUCCUCUUUGGGGUCUUCACAGCCAUCUACCUGGUGGCCCUGAUGGGCAACAUGCUCAUCUUACUGCUGGUCAGCCUGGACUCCAGGCUCCACACACCUAUGUACUUCUUUCUGGUCAACCUCUCGAUGGUGGACAUCGGCUACACCAGCUCCACCGUGCCCAAGAUGCUGGCCAAUUACCUGUCGCAGGACAAGUCCAUCUCAUGGGCCGGUUGCCUCUCCCAGAUGUUCUUCUUCAUCUCCUUUGGGGGGAUCGAGUGCCUGCUACUGGGGGUCAUGGCCUACGACCGCUACGUGGCCAUCUGUCACCCGCUGCACUACGCUGCGUUCAUGAGCCGGCGGGUGUGCGCCCUGCUGGCUGCAGCCGCCUGGGCCAUGGGCUUGACCAACUCGGCCGUGCACUCAUCCCUGAUGUCCAUCCUCUCCUUCUGCCGGAGCAACAUCCUCCACCACUUCUUCUGCGACAUUCCCCCACUCUUCCAGCUCUCCUGCUCUGACACCCAGACCAAUCAGGCUGUCACUUUUGCCUUGGGGGGUGCCGUGAUCCUGGGCUCCUUCCUGGGGACUCUGGUGUCCUAUGUGUACAUUGUGAUGGCCGUUCUCAGGAUCCGCACGAGGGAAGGGCGCCUCAAGGCCUUCUCCACCUGCGCCUCCCACCUGACUGUGGUCAGCCUCUACUUUGGCACCAUUAUUUUCACCUACAUCCGCCCCAACUCCACCUACUCACAAGACCAGGAUCGGGCACUGCCCGUGCUCUAUGGCAUUGUCACCCCCAUGCUCAACCCCAUCAUCUACAGCCUGAGGAACAAGGAUGUGAAAGGGGCGCUCCGAAAAGCCCUGGCUAGGAGCUAG